AUGGCCACUUCAAAGCAGACGAAGGGCACCAAGGUCGGCAAGUUCUCGCGCGAAGAAGAGAUGCUGCUCUUCUCAUUCCCGAACAGCGAUACUUCGAUGAAGGACACCGUCGGCUUCGCGGUGAACUCGGCGUUGGCGGCGCUCACCCAGCUUUAUUUCUUCUAUGCCAUCAAGCGCGUAAACCUUCAAGAAGGAUGGGCCCUGUGCACCAUCACCGUCCUGGUAGCCAUCGUCCUGCUCACGUGGGCCGCCAUGAAUCUCAAGCGCCUCCUAAAGACAAGGAUUCUUCAGAAGCGCAAGCCGAAUUCCGGCCGUGACGGCAAUAAGAAGACGAGCGUGGACAAAAAGAUGACCCAGAAGGAAAAGGACGAACGGGCCCUGUACCGCCGUGGUGAAGGGGCUGAGGGCGAAUCUACUUGGCUGGCCAUCGCCUUCACGAAUACAUUCUUCAUCUCCGCGUCCCUGAUCAUCUCGUACGCCUUCCUGAGGUCCUCCCACCCACUUCUCCAGUGCAUCGUCACGAUGUGCUCUGCUGCCGGAUUUGUCGCCUUCUGCUCCACCAGCAAGAAA